AUGAAUCUUGAGACGCUGCCCAGGUCAGAAACAAUACACGUUACAGCGCCAGCCGCCGCAGCCGCCGCCGCCGCCGCAGCAGCCGCGGCCCUUCACAGUCACAGCAGCAGCACCAGCGGCAGCAGCAGCAGCAACCGUCCCGUCCAGACCAUGCCCCAACGAUCCCCGUUCGCCAUCCAGGAGCUGCUCGGCCUGGGCAGCAGCGGCGAGUCCGCACGGCCCUCGAGCGGCGUCGUGUCCGCGGUCACUCCGUCACUCUAUCCGACGGCCGGCAUCGGGCAGGCCUCGUUCGCGGCCGCGGCCGCCGCCGCCGGAUGUGCCGAUCCGCACCAGAUGCAGAUGGCCGCGGCGUCCCGGAUGGCGUACUUUAACGCCCAUGCUGCGGUCGCCGCGGCCUUCCUGCCCCACAACAUUGGCGGCGGAGGAUCGCUGCAGCUGCACUCGGCACAGUCGGCCAACAACUUCACGCACCUGAAGUCGACCUUCGGCGGUGGUGGCGGUGCCUGUUUACCCGGUGGCGGCGUGGACUCGAGUAAAGAUUUCACCAUCGACGGUCUCAACAGUUACGGGAAGAAGAAGAAGAAAAAGCGAAGGCAUAGUCGAACCAUAUUCACCAGCUAUCAACUGGACGAGCUGGAAAAGGCCUUCAAGGAGGCCCACUAUCCGGAUGUGUAUGCCCGCGAAAUGCUUUCCCUGAAAACGGACCUACCGGAGGACAGAAUACAGGUGUGGUUUCAGAAUCGGCGCGCCAAGUGGCGCAAGACUGAGAAGUGCUGGGGCCGCAGCACGAUCAUGGCGGAGUACGGGCUGUAUGGGGCGAUGGUACGACACUCGUUGCCCCUGCCGGAAACGAUCCUGAAGUCGGCGAAAGAGAACGAAACGGUCGCUCCGUGGCUGCUAGGUAUGCAUCGGACCCCGCACCCGCUCCCGUCCGCCGAGCCGGGCGGCGAGCAGGCUCCCCGGCGCGAACCGAGCCCCGGCCCGGGCUGCUACCACCGACCGGGCGGGGGAGCACCUGAUCAUCACGACGCUAACCACCUGUCCGUAUCCGUUUCGUCUGCAGGCAUGCACAAGAAGUCGCUCGAAGCGGCCGAAACGCUCAAAAACUCCGAAGAUAACAGUGACCGUGAAGAGACACGCACGGAGUCGAGCGAAACGAGCGGCGGGUCGGCGGCGGGCGGGGCGGGAAGCUGCGGCGGCGGCCCGCUACACUCCCUCGGUGGCUCGCCCCUCAAGUCGCCACCGAUUGCGGGCGCGCACGGGGACCCGGGUGGCCCGGGCGGAACCGGAAGCUCGCCUCCGCCACCUCCGGCGAGCGUGCACCAGCCGCCACCAUCACACCAGCAGCCGCACCCACCCACGGCCAGCCACCCGGGGAUGGUUCACCCGGGCAUCCUGACGACGACGGCGCCGCCCGGCACCGGAAGUGCGAUCAAGCUACAGCCACGGUCCCCGCCCGGAGCCAGCGGCCACCUGUCGCCGGUCGGCCACGGUCACGUGGCGCACCACCUCGCCCACCACGGCCCGGGACUUCCGCCCGGGCUGCCCGACGGUGGCCCCGGCGGUGGCCCCGGUGGUGGCGGGGGCAACGGGCCGCCCGACUUCCUGCUGGCCAGCACGACCCACAGCCCCACCAGCAACAACAACAACAACAACAACUAUCACCCCGAAAACGACCACGAAGCGUUUAGGUGGGUUGACUACAAGGACCCGGUCGCGUUCAUACGGAACAACUCGAUCGCCUGUUUGCGGGCCAAGGCCCAGGAGCACCAGGCGCGGCUUCUAAACAGUGGGCUCCUGCUGCAGGUGCGCUCCUUGGCCGGCCUCCAAGGACACCCGGCGUUCGACGGUGGCUCGGUGGGUCCGUCGCCGUACGAUGCCUGCGCCACCGGCCCGGCACUCGGACUCCACCACCAGCGAACCCCUCCACCACUGCCCCCUUCGUCGGCGGCGUCAUCGAUCGGAGCGCACCCGAGCGCCGGAAGGACGCCACCGGUGGGAGCGCUGGGCGUCGACGGUCUUUCGCCGGCCGCCCUGCUCGACAUCGACCGGCAGCGGGCCGAUGCCAACAGCAGCAACGGGUCGGCCAUCUCCGUGAAGGGCGCCAGCAGCAGCCCCAACGUCAGUACCUUUUGA